UAAUCGGUCAACAGCGGAGCGGAGGGAGGGAGGCAGGACGGGACAACAGCAUGUUUACAGCUGCUCCCGGGCUCCGGACGUGUCGUGAAGGACCCGCUCGCUCCGUGCGAUCGUAUUAAAGAACGCGACCGAUCCUCCAGCGGGACGUGGACACGACCAUGUUGUUGUGGCGUGGGGGGGGCAGGCUGUCUGCAGCGGCGGUGGAUCAGGCGCUCAGGUCCCCGGGUUGCUGGUUGGUGAGAGUCCGAGCACAAACGCCGAGGCACGUCACCGGGACGUUACACAAAGGUCACACGGUGCAGUGCAGGUCUGUGUGUGGAUCCGUGCACUCCACCACGCAUGCGCACCUGGGCACGCUGCAGCCGGAGCCGCGCUUCCAGCUGCUGAACUGGGACCGGGGGGUCGCGGACUGGGAGCGAGUGGCCGAGGGUCUCUCCAGGAGGGUGAGGAGCGAGGGCGGGAGUUUAGAUGCGACCAAGCCGCCGCUGGGCCACGUGGUGUCCCCAGGCACCUGGAGGGUCUCCUGCAGGACCAUGCACACCAGGGCUUCACCCGGGGCAUCAUCCACCGCUGCAGCCGCCAGGAGGAGCCAGCCCGGGGGGGAGACAGGCGCCGACACACGGGACGAGCAGAAUUUGAAGGAGGCCUCUUCUACGUCCUCGUCUGCUGAAAAGGUCCCGGGGGAGCCGGAGCCAGAAGGAGGGAAACCAACCAAGACCCAGCAGCUCAAGAAAGUCUUCAAGGAGUAUGGAGCAGUGGGAGUCUGCUUUCACAUCGGGAUCUCCCUCAUGUCUCUGGGAAUGUUCUACCUCCUGGUAUCCAGUGGGAUCGAUAUGGCGGCUGUGCUGUGCAAAGUGGGAUUCAGCGAGGCCAUCGUGCGCUCUAAGAUGGCAGCAGGAACCAGCACGUUCGUCCUGGCCUACGCCAUCCACAAGCUCUUCGCUCCGGUCCGCAUCAGCAUCACUCUGGUGUCCGUCCCUCUCAUCGUGCGCUACUUCAGAAAGACUGGUCUCUUUAAACCCCCCACACCGGCCCCCUGAUGCCCCCGGAUGGACAUAGUUCAAACAACUGUAUAUUUAAUUACUUAUUUGCUUUUGGCUACAAAUGCCCCAUCUCAUCUCUCAUUGCAUUUUUUUGAAUUCAGGUUAAAUCCUUCUCUCGUAAGAUCUCGUAACAGAACCCGGUUUCAGAAGUGUGACAGUUCUUGUUUCACAAACCAGAGAGAAAAGUGCAAAAGAGCUCAAAUAUUUAUAAACAAUCAGAUGUGAGAUCAGGGAUUUUUGAGUUUUACUGCUAAGAUCUGAGUGGGCAGAGUUUUUUAUUGAUACUGUGAAGGUUGCCACCAGGGACACAAGGAAGGAAAAAGCUGAUUUCUCCUCCACUGUUCCCUGAGAGCUGACUAGGCCAUGUUCUGGUGUUAUGUGAAUCAGCAGAAUAAUUCAGGUUGUCUCCGUCUCCUACCUCCCUCCUCCCCUUUCUCUCGCCUUUGCUUUGCUCAGACUCUCUCUCCUCUCACCUAUCCUCCUAUUUUCUGCUGUUGUUGUUUUGCCUCCCUUCUAUUUUUAUCUCCACAUCUCUCCCGGCAUCCACUUUCUUCUUUCCUCUCGUCCAUUUUCCUCUUCCUUUUCUCCCUGUUGUUCUCUAACUUUGCUAGUACCACUGCCCAAACAGUUUGCAAACACACUAAUCUCUGAGUGAGGCUGAUUAUUGUUCAUUGCAAGCUUUGAAUGAAGAAUGUUGGAAGUUUAAACUAUUAAACAUGAAGUUGUCUUUUA